ACAUAAAUCGGAACCCGCGGUUAAUUUACGCACUUUAAUUUGUGCACUCGUGACCGACUCUUGUUUUUUGGUUUGUUUUUAUUUUUUUGUUUCUUCCCUCCAUGUCGUUCACAUUGCAGUCAACAGUCACCUUGUCUCCGACACCAAGUGAAGGUAUCACGAUGCAGCGGCCGAAUCGCAAAGCCUCCUGGGAAGUGUAGUCGACUGGCUUCAACAGUCAUGUUCGCCGAGGAAUAACACGCACGGUGUAGCCCCCCUCACGGCGCACCGCAUCUCGCAUUUUCCAUGGACAACACGUCCAUCAUAACACAGGUUGCAAAUCCCAAAGAGGAGGAAAGCAUUUGCGCGAGUCAAGACCAAGUCUCCCAGUCCAACGGCAGCCUCAAGAAGCGGCACAGUCGGAGCAUCUUCAGCCCGUUGUUCUGCUGCUUUCGCAACUACAAUGACUACCGCGUGGAGCCGCCGCUCGCCAACAACAAGACGCGCGCCCUGCCGCCGCCCCCACCGCUGCCCGAGGAGAACGGCGCUCCUCUCAAGCCCCCAGCCAAGUUCCUCCUGCCUGAGGUCAGUAUAGCAGACUGCGGCAGGAACUGCGUCGUGAUCGACCUGGAUGAGACUCUGGUUCACAGCUCCUUCAAGCCCAUUAGCAACGCAGACUUCAUCGUUCCGGUGGAGAUCGAUGGAACUGUUCAUCAGGUGUAUGUGCUGAAGAGGCCUCACGUGGACGAGUUCCUGCAGAGGAUGGGGGAGCUCUUCGAAUGUGUCCUCUUCACCGCCAGCUUAGCCAAGUACGCGGACCCCGUGGCUGACCUCCUGGACCGCCGGGGCGUGUUCCGUGCUCGUCUCUUCAGGGAAUCCUGUGUGUUCCACAGAGGAAACUAUGUCAAAGACCUCAGCCGGCUGGGCCGGGAACUCGCCAAGGUCAUCAUCGUGGACAACUCGCCCGCCUCCUACAUCUUCCACCCCGAGAACGCUGUGAGUCGAUUGCACGCGUCGACCAAUGGUGCCGGUGCAGUCGUGGUUCGACGACAUGGCCGACAAGGAGCUCCUGGAGCUGCUCCCCAUCUUCGAGGGCCUCAGUAAAGAAGAUGAUGUUCACAGCCUCUUACAGAGCCUGAGGGACAGGUAGCAGGGGGCCCCAAAAGCAGCCCGCCUGCCCCGCCCUCCC